CACAUACAUAUGUGCAUACAUUGGGACUCUGCAAUAUGCAUUUCUGACUAUGGAUCAUAGCCAUAAAAAUCUUUGCACUGAACAUUCAGUGGGCCUUUCACAAGCUGCCCUAACUGGAAAAGAAAAACAUAGUCCCUCCAUUUCCUGCCCCCAACUCCAGAAAAAGCACUAUGGUUGAGGGUACAUCUGAGAAGCCAGCCCUUGGGAGUUCAGGGCUCACGUUCCUCUCUAGAAAAACACAGGGUGAUUCUGGGGGAACUUCUGAUCAUAAACACAGCCAAUUCAGAGUGAGAAAAGAAAACAUGACCACGCAGUUCCUGUGGUUACCAGUCCUGCCCCUCUCUUGCCUGCUGGGUAUUAUAAAACCCAAGACUGGAAAGGAAAACCAGCAUUUGCUCAGGCAACCUCUCUGGGAAGAUGCUGCUUCUUCCUCUCCCCCUGCUGCUCUUUCUCUUGUGCUCCAGAGCUGAAGCUGGGGAGAUCAUCGGGGGCACAGAAUGCAAGCCACACUCCCGCCCCUACAUGGCCUACCUGGAAAUUGUCACUUCCAGUGGUCCCUCAAAAUUUUGUGGUGGUUUCCUGAUAAGACGGAACUUUGUGCUGACAGCUGCUCAUUGUGCAGGAAGGUCUAUAACAGUCACCCUUGGAGCCCAUAACAUAACAGAGAAAGAAGACACAUGGCAGAAGCUUGAGGUUAUAAAGCAAUUCCGUCAUCCAAAAUAUAACACUUCUACUCUUCACCACGAUAUCAUGUUACUAAAGUUGAAGGAGAAAGCCAAACUGACCCUGGCCGUGGGGACACUCCCCUUCCCAUCCCAAUUCAACUUUGUCCCACCUGGGAGAAUGUGCCGGGUGGCUGGCUGGGGAAGAACAGGUGUGUUGAAGCCGGGCUCAGACACUCUGCAAGAGGUGAAGCUGAGACUCAUGGAUCCCCAGGCCUGCAGCCACUUCAGAUACUUUGACCACAAUCUUCAGCUGUGUGUGGGCAAUCCCAGGAAGACAAAAUCUGCAUUUAAGGGAGACUCUGGGGGCCCUCUUCUGUGUGCUGGGGUGGCCCAGGGCAUCGUAUCCUAUGGUCGGUUGGAUGCAAAGCCCCCUGCUGUCUUCACCCGAAUCUCCCAUUACCGGCCCUGGAUCAACAAGAUCCUGCAGGCAAAUUAACCCUGGAUCCUGAGCCAGCCUUAAAGGGAACCUGGAACUGGACCUGACCAGCAAAGUGUGUGCCACUCAUUCUGGCCUGCCCUUGGUCCCUCAGCCACAACCCUGAGCCUCCAGAAGUAUCCUACAGGACACAGAACUCUCAAUAAACCUCAGUGAAG